GCAGUCGCAUCACCGGCAGACGACGACGCAACGACUGCAACAACAUGGAUUGCUGCAGAGGAGUCCCGCGGCGACGGCAGCGGCCAAUUCAUUGAACAACACAACCGCGAUGAGCUUGUACGGCGGUGGCAGGAAGCCAUGGUCGUCGUCGUCGUCGUGGUCUUAUCACGACGACACAGGUAUUGGUUAUCCAUCGACGGUAGACCGUCGCAUCGGUGGUACCGGCAGGCAGGCGGCCGCCUUGUUCGGCGGAAGCGGCGGCGGCAUGGGCCUCGGAGGCCUAGACUCGCAUCAUUACCGCAGCAGCGGCGGAGGUAGAACGAUGACUGCUGCGAGAUCGCUGGGAGGAGUUUAUGAYGGUAACAGUCUGUUGUAUCGCUGUUCAACCAGUAACGUGCCAGAUCAUCUUGAAAGAAGAUGGUACCAGAACCAGCAACAACGACAAACCGGCGGUGGUGGACGGCUGAUUAGAGGGUUGGGCGGUGCCAAUCACUUGUCAGACGUAUACGACGACGACGAAUUGCUGCGAUUACAGCAGCAAGACAACGCCUCGGUUGCCGCAAUGUUACUUGACGACGUCGUUUUGGGUGGAGGUUACAGCAGCAGAAACUCGGACUUUAUGCCGUCUAGACCAAGGUCUCGAUCAUAUGGCGGCGGCGAAGAUCCAUCGUCCACGACAUCUUGGCGAAACUGGCCCGACACUGGUGGUGGAUCCGGUUAUCUAGGUGGUGCAUUGCGCGAAACUGCCAUUGGGUCAUCGGCGGCGAUUUACGAUCACAAUGGCCACCGGCGCGGAACGAACACUGCGAUAAAUUCUGCCACAGCCGAUCACAAAAGGUAA